AUGGGGUUAAUAAAUGAAAUUAAAAAAGAAGAAAGUUAAAAUUAAAAAAAUUAAAAAAUGGUGAAAAAAACUUAAAUAAAUUUUAAGAACUACACUCCAGAAGAGGUAUAAGACUUGGAAAUAAUUGAUUACUAUUAAAUUGCUUUUGAAGGUUGGAAUAAUUUGAUUCUUUUAUAAUUGUAAAUCACUUAAGAAUUAGAUGGACUAUACAAAUAACUUUAAACAAUAUUUGAAACUAAUAGUAUUCUACCAAAUUAAAAAAAAAUUUAAUUUAAAAGGAAACAAUAAUCUAUGUUGUUUUUGAUGCAUUAAAAAUAUACAAUCUAACAGAUUAUGACCUUUAUUGCGAGUUUAUAUAUUAUUACAUUUGAAAUAACUCGAAAACAGGAAACUUAGAAAUAUCUAUGGAUAUUGACCGUUUUCUGCAUGAUUAAAUAGAGUUCUCAAUCAGAUUGGCAAGAAAAAUGUGUAAAAAUGUAAUGACGUAAGUUUAAGAUAAGUAGGUAGGAUUUUUUUUAAAAAUGAAAGAAAACAAUAACAAUAACUAAAUGAAUUUUUUAAUGAUGAAGAUUAAUAUGGUGUUUAUAAAAAAAUAUUAGAAGUUUUUCCCUUGUCUUAUAACAAGUAUAAAAGUUCUUUAUUGCCACUGAUUUAUAUUAAGUCUUAAAGUGUUAGUUGA